GUUGCCUAAAUGAAUUCCUUUUACUGCAAAUUGUUGUGUUUCCUCAUUCUGAGCUUCUUUGAAGGCCACUAUCUUUCUAGUGCUGAUCCAACUGAUGGCUUCACCCUUGUGCCAUUAACAGAAGACAACUUUAAGCUGCAAAAACCAUAUAAUGAACCUCUUCAUGAUCGUUAUAGUUACAAAGAUGGAGUCCGAAGUUUCUGGAUCUACAACAAUGACAAGCCCUACAGCGCAGAUAGCCCAACCAGACCACGGUCAGAACUACGCAUAUCGGGACAUGACUACUCGUCUGGGAUCUGGCAAUUUGAAGGCUAUGCGUAUGUGCCAAGUGGUACUUCUGGGGUUACGAUAGUGCAAAUUCAUGGUGCAAGUGAGGGAGCUACAACCCUACAAUUAAGGAUGUAUGAAGGAGAUGGUGGAGAUCUCAGAUACUAUAGAUACAACUUAGUUGAUACUGAUCUCUAUGAUAAGUGGUUUAGAGUAAACAUAAUCCACAAUGUUGACAAAGGGAAGGUCAUAGUUUUUAUUGACGGUGUUAAGAAGUUUGUGGUGAAAGAUCAGGGACCGGGAGACCUCUACUUCAAAUGUGGUGUGUAUGCUGCACCAUUUAAUUCCAGUAACUACAUGGAAUCAAGGUGGAAGGAGAUCAAACUUUAUAAAAAAUGAUGGGAAUAUUACAGUAUUUCCAAUCAGUAGCUGAAAAUGGUGUUAUAUAUAGGCUAUUUCAUCUUUGUAUGUAUGAAUGUAUAAACUAUAGAUUUCAAUAGAAGUACUAAAAAAACCCUCAUAUA